UGAGCGAAUGGAAAUGGUUGUCGAAGGAAAUUGAAGGAAAUCCUUGGACUGCUGCGCUUUUCAUUGUAAUUUUGUGUAAAUAAAAUUUAGUAUAUUUGUUUUGUAAUAAGUACUUAAAUGUUAUCAGUGGACUAUUUUAGUUGCUAUAAUGUCACGUAGUUCGAUUGAGGGGAAACUGAAAGGUUUGCAAGAAAGAUUCGAAAAUGAAAUGCGUAUUGAAAGAGAAGGUGGUUUCAACAACCAAGGUGGAAUUGGGACUCCUAGACCUGGGAGCGGCAGGAGCAGGCCGAGGCCCCCACUUAUGUUUUCAAACAGAGAAAUCCCACCGUUUCCACCGAGAUCACCGCAAGCUACUGAGACUGAAUACAGAAUGCGAGAGGUGUACAAGGUGAGCGGCAAACUGAACGUAGACGGCGUAGAGUACAGAUCGCACGUGGACGACUUGCAGCAGCUGGGCGAGCUCGGCAGCGGCACCUGCGGUCAUGUCGUCAAGAUGCUGCACAAGCCUUCUAACACUGUUAUAGCUGUUAAGCAAAUGCGUCGCUCCGGCAACUCAGAAGAAACCAAACGCAUUCUAAUGGAUUUAGACGUAGUAGUCCGGUCCCACGACUGUCCGUACAUCGUGAGGUGUUUGGGCUGCUUCGUGACCGAUGCUGACGUGUGGAUCUGCAUGGAGCUCAUGGCUUCUUGCUUCGAUAAGCUGCUCAAGAGGCUCGGAGCACCCAUACCUGAGGCUAUACUGGGGAAGGUUACUGUGGCGACGGUGAACGCUCUAUCGUACCUGAAAGACACGCACGGCGUCAUCCACCGCGACGUGAAGCCGAGCAACAUCCUCCUAGACGAGCGCGGCAACGUCAAGCUGUGUGACUUCGGCAUCAGCGGCCGCCUCGUCGACUCCAAGGCGAAGACUCGGAGCGCGGGCUGUGCUGCCUACAUGGCCCCUGAGCGGAUAGACCCGCCGGACCCGACGCGGCCGGACUACGACAUCCGCGCGGACGUGUGGUCGCUGGGCAUCUCGCUCGUCGAGCUCGCCACCGGCGUCUUCCCCUACCGGGACUGUCAGAACGACUUUGAAGUGCUCACCAGGGUAAUAGCGGAUGAUCCGCCUCAACUACCGGACACAGAUGACUUCUCACCAGAAUUCAAACUAUUCGUGUCACAGUGCCUAACAAAAAACUACAGACAGCGCCCAAAAUACGCGAAGCUUCUAGAACACCCGUUCGUAGUGAAAUCAGCUCGCAGUUCCAUCUCCGUCGGCGCCUGGUACGCCUCCCUCUCCAUCGCGGGGAACAAGCCGGCCGGUGUGACGUCACAGCCGGCUAGCAAUGGCGUCGAGACGCCCGUCACGCCGCAGCCUGUGAGGAACUUUGUGACUAGUUCUCAGCAUUGGAUGGAGCAAGUCACGCCUACGCCGGCUAGAGCAUGGUGGGCGACGAGCAGUAACGCGAGCGCGGGCGGCAGCAGCUCGCAGCCCACGAGCCUAGAAACUGAUAUGUGCAACCACUCGCCUUAUCCUAGGAGAAGAACAAUAGACGCAUGUGCAUCUCCCCCGCCGCCGCCAGUCCGUCGCGUGUCCGCCGACAACCGCUGGCGAGCCUCUCCUGCUAGUUCGGGUAACACUAGUCCUAUAGUCCUGCAGAGGUUUUACCAUCAAAACCAGCAGAGGAGAUCGAGGGUAGACCUGCAUUCGACACCUAGGCAUAGAAGUUUAAGUAGAGAACACAGUACUGGCCGGUCGCCCGAGCCCCCACCAAGAACCAGUCGGCAGCACCAAAUGUUAGGACACGAAGCAAACGGCAGCAUGACGGAGUUGGAGCCGCCUGCACUGCACGAGCGCCUGCAUCCGCAUCCACCCUCGCCGUUAUUACUCAAUGAUAGGUUAUCAGAAGGUCGUAGUCAAAGCUUAACUCGUGCUGAACUACGUAACGGGUACCGCGCCGAGCCGCCGCCGCCCAGCGCCGCGCACAAACACCAUCACGACGACCAGGGCUGGCUGCACUCGCUCGCGGGGCUGGUGAAGCGCCGCCUCAGCGGGUACGUCAAGUGGCAUCACCUUGCAGCCAGGAGCCAGCAUCAGCACCAUGUGCAGCAUCGAUGGGGUAACAGCGAAAGUUGGAGCAUGCCGGCGUCCCCCCUCCCGCCCCGCGCGCCGCCGCCGCGCCCCGCCGACUAGCGCGCCACGCCACAGCCGCGCCUCACCCACUCCCUCAUGUGGCUCACAUAACGCUUCGACCCAUACUACACUACAUACUUUCUUUCAGCUGUGGUCAACUCAGGUACAGAAUGUUUUGUUACUGGAUUCGUAAAAACGGUUUGUCGUACGACAAGUCGGGUGUUUCAUGCAACAAAAUCGAUGUUUUAUUUAUGUUAUGACGCUAUAAUGAAAAUAAAUUGUCGGUUUUAACGCUUUACAAUACAGGACAUAAACUGGAUUACAUUAAAUACUGGAUAAUCAGAGAAUACUUAUGUACUUGAGUAACACAAGCCAUGUUGUCCUCGCAACCACUGUUGUUCAACGUUCUACGCUAUAUAUAAUUAUCGAUAGUAAACUAUAGAAAGACGGCACGAUCGCUUUGUAUUUUAUUACUGCUUAAGGUACGGUUCUCGUGUACGCGACUGAAAUAAUCGACUAACGUUUCCAAGUCGCAGUAAUUGUGUCCCCAGUUUUAACAAACAAUGUAAUAAAGUGUUUUCAGAAUACAGAGAGAACAAUGUAACAAGUUGCCAUACUAUAUUUGUCUGUGUUAAACAAAAUGAAUUCAAAGUGCCUGACUUAAGACUGAGUUUAUGACUGAGAACAAAAAUAGUCCAUCGUUUAAUAACGUAACUAUGAGUAUAACGAAUGAACCAACUACCUCUCAAUGUGAUUAUCGUCGACUACAUUUUAAGUAAUCAGUCUUUUAAGAACACAGAUAUGAACGACAGAUUGUAGUCGCAAGUUCAGUCGCGUUCAUGGAACCGUACCUUUAUGUAAAUAGUCAAAGGCCGUGCAGUAUUAAGCCACGGUGUUCGAAAGCUUAUCGCGUGAUAAUAGGAACCUAGCAAAAUGUUCAUAGUACACGUUAAAUUAAUAUUUUGGAACAAACGCGUUUAGUAGUUACAAAGGAACAUUUAGUACGGAGUUGUGACGUCAUAGUUUUAUAUUUUGGGAUAAACUAAUUGAUUCUGUGAUCGCGAAUAGCCUGACUACGGUGCCAUUAGUACCUCAUUUGUUCGAGAGAUUUUGUGAAACCAGAGCCAAUAGAGACUACUUUUCAUUUUAAAUACACAGACGGCCAACUUCCUCUCACGUCGUCUGUCUCACUCAAACUAAACUAUGAACCAAGGAGAUUCUAUCAUGCAACUGAUUCUUCGACAAAUGAGGGAAAAGACUAAGAUAAAAUUAAUUUAGUUUGGGAAGCCACACUAGCUUUUAAUUACACUAGAACCCAAGAAAUUCAACAAUUUUUACAUUAGUGUGAAAUGCACGCACUGGCUUUAUCGUAGUCGGGUAAUGCUUUUAAAACUACUCUCCUUCCACAAAACGGUAUAUUAAGUAAGUCAGGAACAAGUCUUGAUGAUGAGAGUACAAAUUUUAAAGGCAAUAUUUAUCGUUUUCCCCGAUAUUUUAACACAACAAGCAAUAUUGGGUGUUUCGGCUAAUAUAUGGCAACACCAUUUGUGAAUCACAGACUAUACACAUGUAUGAAUAUUUAAAUAAACGUUCGCGGGCUAUUGUAAAAAGGUUUUAUUUUAUUGGUGCACAGAACUUUAUCAUGUUCUUGGCAGUUUAUAAAUACAAAGCAAUAAUACUAAGUAAUUUUGAAUUUCGAAUGACAGUCUGACCAAUGAGAAUGUGCACCAAUGAAAUAAGGUCGUAUAUUCUUAUGAAUCCGAGCAGUGUAGCUUUGACAAUAUGUACUUUACGUAUUGGACCGGGAAUUGAGUUAACGUUGGCUGAUAUACUGGUGUGCUUUAAAAUUUAACCGUGUUUUUUCAUCUUAUCUUUCUUCUAAUUUCUUUCCGAUUUUCUAAAAGCAUGUUUCUUUGUUUACUACUAUGUUAUGGCAACUCCUUAGGCACCAUGUAAAAGUUGCCAUCUAAAAAAAAUACUGCAACUUCCCUUUCAGUUUUUCUCUUCAGAAAAAUAUUGUUUUUGAUUUUAAAGCAUAUCAGUACAUAAUUAAAAGAACGCACUGUACAGUUAGGGUUGUAUUCCUAUUCGACAAUCAGUAGUAAUAGACAAUUUCUAUAAUUAUUGUAAAUAUCGUGUAUAUUUUAUUGUAAGUGACAGAUAAUGCAAUACGAUAGCGCAAGUUUUUUAUUUGUAAUAUAAUAAAUGAGUGCUUGCACUGGUCAGUGGCAGGAAGAAAAAUAUUUAAAUAACUUUGAAAGUCUUAUCAAGAAGUAAUAGUUUCCGAUAUAAAGUACAAAAUAGUAAAUAACUCAGUUUAAUUUUAUUAUUUUUAUGUAACCUCUUUGCUAAUAUUCAUAUUAUUCAUAAUGUCUGAAUUCUGCUACUGACCAGUGAAUGUACUCUAUGGAUUAAGUUGUACUUUGAUUUGUAACAAAUAGAGCGUCGUUAGUGUUUACAGCUUAUAUAAUUAUUGUAGAUUUAAUUGUACAUUUCUUUUUUAAUAUUUUGACCAAAUGUAUAGAUUAAAAUCGGAUAUAUUUUUUGUUCGCUUCGGGUGUACGAGUGUUGUAACUCGACUAUAUUGACUUUGUAUUAGUCGAAUAGUUGACUUUUAUCGAUUCAGUCAACUAAACUGCCAUAGAUUUUUUGAAAGCUUGGAAUAAUCGACUAAAUAGUUGUAGUCAGUGAAGUUGGCUGAAUAUCGAUUCGUACAAUAAUAUAAGCAAACGUCAUGUGCGUUGGAUAGUUUUUGUUCAAAUAUUUUUUACAAUUUCUUUACGUUUUAUUUUUAUUGCGUUAUUUAAUACAUUAUUUACAAAUGUAAGCCAUAAUCAAUUGUAUUUACAUGUACACAAGCAUCAAUUUGGCGUAUAAUAUUUUAGGUAUAUAUAUUGGAAGCAAUUGCUUGAUGGAAUUACAAAAACUAUCCGUAUAAUUGCUAUUUUGAAGCAACGUUUGUGAUUAGCACCGCGUGUCCCACGCUGGGCGCCAGUGUUCGGUUUGUCAGUGACAUUUCAUUCCAACCUUUGAGUUAUUUGGUCUUUUGAUUAUCAAAAUGUGGUUUAUUUGUUUUUCAAAACACCUGCUAUACCUACUUCUUUCAAUAUUCUUCAAAUGCCUAGAAAUCUUCUUUCUUAUCUAUUAUGUAAAUUAUUUAUUAAUUUUAUUUUCUACCUGCUCUCACCCAUUUUUUACAACAAAUGAAAUGCCACUGGGCGAUCGAUUGCAGCGCCCUCUAGUCCGCGCGCCACUCAACGUGCAACCGCGUUAGUUAAGACGAGACUAUAUUUAAAUAAAUCUAUUUAAGAAACAACGAUUAACUUGUUUUCUAUUAUAUUAUUGCAAUAAUUAUUAUUUUAUUGUGUAUUAUAUGGAUCAAAUUUUA